AUGGAGGGGCUACUGGUGAGCGCAGCGACUGGGGCAUUGAAGCCCGUGCUAGAGAAGCUUACGGCCUUGAUGGGUGAUGAGUACAAGCGCUUCAAGCGGGUGCGCCGCGAGGUGCAGUCUCUCAUGGAUGAGCUUGCUGCAAUGCAUUCAUUCCUUCUCAAGAUGUCAGAAGAGGAGAAUCCUGAUCCACAGGAUAAGAACUGGAUGAAGGAGGUUCGGGAGCUCUCCUACGAUAUGGAGGAUAUCCUUGACGAGUUCAUGCUCCAUGUUGAUGACAAAUCUAUUAGUCCUGAGGGCUUCAUCGACAAAUUCAAAACUUUUUUGAUCAAGGUCAGGAAUCGCCGCCGGAUUGCAAAGGUAGUCGAAGACCUCAAGGUCCAAGUCAAGGAGGUGGGAGACAGGAAUAAAAGAUACAAGAGUAAUGAGACUAUCAUGAAUACAAGUAAUGCGACCAUGGACCAUAGAGCUCUUGCUAUCUUUGAGGAUGCUUCAAAGCUUGUUGGCAUCGAUGAACCAAAAGCUGAGCUAAUGAAAUGGCUGGCAAGGAAGUAUCAAGGUGUUGCAUCAGAACCACUUGAGGUGGAGCCACCGAAGGUGGUAUCUAUUAUUGGAUUUGAAGGAAUGGGAAAGACAACACUUGCAAACCAAGUAUAUGUAGAGUUAAAGAACCAGUUUGACUUCGAUUGCUGGGCUUUUGUGUCGGUGUCACGAAACCCGGACAUGAUGAAAAUUUUGAGAACAAUUCUCAGCGAUGUAAGCAAUAAACCUUAUGCAUCCACUGAAGCAGGGAGUAUCCAACAAAUCAUUGGCACAAUCACUGAUUUCCUCAAGGAUAAAAGGUAUCUUAUUGUAGUUGAUGAUAUAUGGAAGAUAAAAACAUGGGAUAUCAUCAGGGUGCAGAAUUCUUUUGGGCAUGAACUAGGAAAAAAUCCAGAGGUUCAAAGCAUGGUUCAGAUAUUAUCACUUAGUUACUUUGACCUUCCUCAUCAUUUAAAGACGUGUCUAUUGUAUUUAGGUACAUUUCGAGAGGAUUUUGUAAUUGACAAGAGGUGUUUGAUAAGGGGAUGGAUUGCUGAGGGAUUUAUUCAAGAAGAACAAGGAUGUACUCUGUAUGAAUUAGGGGAAAGGUGUUUCAAUGAGCUCAUCAAUAGAAACUUGAUCCAGGCACAGCACAUAAACAUGUACGGCGAGAUAACAGUUUGUCAAGUCCAUGAUACAAUUCUGGAUUUUAUCAUAUCCAAAUCUGAAGAAGAGAAUUUUGUUACUAUAUUCUCUGAUGGUUAUCAAAUGCCUGGUCCACAUAGAAAGGUCCGUCGCCUAUCCCUCCAUUCUAACAGUGUAGAGAAUGUGUCUCAGCUGAAAGAUCUGGAUUUAUCCCAUCUCCGGCCAGUUACAAUGUUUAGCUAUGCUGCAGAAGUGCUCCUAUUGUUCCCGAGCUUCAGUUCAUUGCGUGUUUUGGACUUGGGUGGCUGCACCCAAGUGGAAAGUCAUCAUCUUGCUAACAUUGGGAAUUUAUUUCGGUUGAAGUACCUGAUUCUCUGUAAUACAAAAGUUUGUGAACUACCCGAACAAAUCAGAAAAUUACAGCAUCUUGAGACACUAGACAUAUCUAUGGGGAAAUCCAGAAAAUUGCCAGCAAGUAUUGUUGAACUUAAAAGAUUGGCACAUUUGGUUGUAGACAGAGGAGUUGUGCUACCAUCUGGUAUCAGAAGCAUGACAGCAUUGGAGCAGUUAGAAGGUGUUGAUGUCUUCAAGCAACCAAUUGACUUUGCCCAAGAACUUGGCCAUCUGACAUUGCUUAGGAGCAUAAGCUUCUUUUCGAAUCCUAAUGAUCGCAAGAAAUUUGAUAUGGUGGAAGAUGUCAUGGCACUUGGGUGCCUACCAGCUCUUGUGUUUCUUCGUCUGAUAGCUCAUGAAUCUUUCCAUGGAAGAUGGUUCACCAUCAGCGGUGGCGACAGGUUCCACUCCCUGAGGCAUUUUGACUUUGGAUGUGCCAUGCCAGUGAUGUUUGGAGCUGGAGCCAUGCCAAUGCUUGAAAAGUUUACUAUCAUGUUCAGUCCAGAAAGGAUGGGCCUGUUAAUGGGUACAGGGGUUUUCCAUUUCGGCAUCCAACACCUCUCCAAUCUUGACCAAGUCGAAUGUAUAUUCUAUCUAAAUAGUGAUUCAGUCGUUGUCAGGACCACUAUGACCCGGAUGGCUAAUAUAUCUUUCAGGCAGGGCAUGGACACAAUACUAAAUCAGGUGAUAGACGCAACUUGUGAUAUCGAGAGCGCGGUAAGCGCCCAUACCAAGUCUCCCAAACUUAAGUUCAGACAUACACAUGAGUGGAAGAUUGAAGACUGA